AUGGAACUUCAACGUAUGAUGCAGUACUUGCGGAAGCUUGGGCACUUUAUUGGCCCGGGAAUCAUGGUGUCAGUUGCAUAUAUGGAUCCAGGCAACUACUCUACGAGUGUUGCAGGUGGGGCUCAGUACAAGUACCACCUUCUAUUUUCAAUAUUUGUUUCGAAUAUCUUUGCAGUGGUAUUGCAGUGUCUAUGUGUGAAGCUUGGUACGGUAACCGGGCGUGACUUGGCGGAGAACUGCCGACGGCACCUCCCACGAAAGUUAAACUACGUGAUGUAUGCAUUUGCAGAGGUUGCGAUCAUCGCGACAGAUCUUGCAGAGGUGGUGGGCACAGCAGUGGCGCUACAGAUAUUAUUUGGUAUUCCUCUCAUUUGGGGGGUACUGCUAACAAUUUUAGACGUGCUCUUGAUUUUGGUGUUCUACCGACCCGAAAAACAGACAAUGCGGGAGGUCCGUAUGUUUGAGUUCUUUGUGAGUAUAUUUGUGGCUGGUACUAUGGUGUGUUUCGUGUUGGAGCUCUUCAAGCUCUCUGUUCCGAGCAAACUGGAAUUGUUCCGGGGCUUUUUGCCGUCGCCUGUACUUUUCAAAGAGCAGCGAGCCAUAUUUAUUUCCUUAGGAAUACUCGGUGCAACUGUGAUGCCACACUCAUUGUAUUUGGGCUCGGCGUUGGUUAAGCCAAGGGUGCAGGAAUAUGACAUCAAAAAGUAUGGGAAACUUAAGGAAUCGGGACCUUCGUUAGAGGCUAUCAAAUACACAUUGAACUUUUCAUAUGCUGAAUUAAUUGUGUCGCUAUUCUUCAUUGCAACAUUUGUUAAUUCAGCUAUUUUGAUAGUUGCAGGAGCGACCCUCUUCGGAGAGCCGGAAGCAGAGGAUGCGGAUUUGAUUUCCAUUUACCAGUUACUUUGUAAAACAAUAUCGCCAGCUGCUGGCUUGAUUUUUGCUCUGGCUAUGUUGUUCAGCGGGCAAUCUGCUGGGGUAAUAUGCACCAUGGCCGGUCAGAUUGUCUCAUCGGGUUUCUUAAAGUGGAAUUUGGACCCCUGGAUUAUCAGGCUAGUUACAAGGCUGAUCGCCAUUGUUCCGUGUUUCAUUGUAGCCUUAUUCAUGGGAGAGAAAGGCAUUUCUAAUAUUCUAAAUUUGUCGCAAGUGGUACUCUCGCUGAUUUUACCUAUUGUGAGUGCGCCAUUGAUAUACUUUACAUCCAGUAAAAAGAUCAUGACGGUGGUCGAUCAUGACGGGAAUGAAGAUGACCUCGAUGAACCUUCCGAGAGAACAAACUUGGUGACCAUUAAGAAACCGUUUGUUGACUACUCGAAUGAUAAAUGGUUAGCAUAUGUUUCCGUUGGGAUAUGGGCUCUUAUUGGAUCUUUGAACUGCUACCUAGUUGUCUCAUUCCUGCUGGGUGCUGAUGUGCAGUUCUGA